UGAAAACUACCUUUUUCUUUACUUUUUGUUUUUCCUAAUCCAAAAUUCUGGUCCAAAUUGAAUAUCUUCCCAUCAAAAGAAAAACCCAUUUCAAGACAUAAACUUUCUUAACCAAAUUGAUCAAAAAAAUCUCAAACACCUACUUCAUUUUUUUUCUUCCACAUUCUCUCUUCUUUUUUUAAAAGAGAGAAAAAAAAAACAGUGAGAAAUGGCAGUGUGCACAGUAUACACAAUUCCCACAACAACUCAUUUAGGAUUCAACCAAAAAAACCAAGUAUAUUUCUACAAUAAUAAGACCUACAAUUACAAAAGAGCUAAUAAUUUCUUCACUAGACCCUAUCCCUAUGUGAUAACAUGUUCUGCAGGUGACUCACAAACAGUUGUGAUUGGUCUAGCAGCAGACUCAGGAUGUGGGAAGAGUACCUUCAUGAGAAGGUUAACUAGUGUGUUUGGAGGUGCAGCAGAACCACCAAAGGGAGGAAACCCAGAUUCAAAUACCUUAAUUAGUGACACUACUACUGUUAUUUGUUUGGAUGAUUUUCAUUCUCUUGAUAGAACUGGAAGAAAAGAAAAAGGUGUUACUGCUUUAGACCCUAGAGCUAAUGAUUUUGAUCUUAUGUAUGAUCAAGUUAAAGCUUUGAAACAAGGUAAACCUGUUGAUAAGCCUAUUUACAACCAUGUUUCCGGCUUGUUGGACCCACCUGAGGUUAUCCAGCCCCCGAAGAUCUUGGUCAUCGAGGGCUUGCACCCCAUGUAUGACGCACGUGUUAGGGAGUUGCUGGACUUCAGCCUCUACUUGGACAUUAGCAAUGAAGUCAAAUUUGCCUGGAAAAUUCAGAGAGACAUGAAAGAGAGAGGACACAGUCUUGAAAGCAUCAAAGCCAGCAUUGAAGCCAGAAAGCCAGAUUUUGAUGCUUACAUUGAUCCACAAAAACAGUAUGCUGAUGUGGUGAUUGAAGUAUUACCAACCCAACUAAUUCCAGAUGAUGAUGAAGGAAAAGUGUUGAGAGUUAGGAUGAUUCAGAAGGAAGGAGUGAAGUUUUUCAACCCAGUUUACUUGUUUGAUGAAGGAUCCACUAUUUCUUGGAUUCCCUGUGGUAGAAAGCUAACAUGUUCUUACCCUGGCAUCAAAUUUUCCUAUGGCCCAGACACUUACUACGGCAAUGAGGUGACAGUACUAGAGAUGGACGGGAUAUUUGACAGAUUAGACGAACUAAUCUAUGUUGAGAGCCAUUUGAGCAACCUCUCAACCAAGUUCUAUGGUGAAGUCACCCAACAAAUGUUGAAGCACCAAGAUUUCCCAGGAAGCAACAACGGAACUGGCUUCUUCCAAACUAUCAUCGGAUUGAAGAUCAGAGACCUGUUCGAGCAGCUCGUUGCCAGCAGGUCAGGAGCUCCUGCAGCAGCUGCUAAGGUCUAAAGCUUGAGCUUGUAGAUGAUUAUAAAAAAUGUAAUAUUCCAUCUGAAUCUAGAAUUCUUUUUCUCUUCAUAUGUAAUUUCCACUACCUACUCUUCCUGUAUAAGUUGCUUUUGUAGGCGACUAUGAUAUUCUGUUGUUACAUAAACAUGCAUCAAAGCAAGAGAUGAGAAAUGCAGUUCAAAAGAAAAUUUAUAUAGCAA